AGAGCGGCGGCGGGAGGCGGCGGAGCUGCUCUCGCCAUGGGCGCUGGGUGCCGGGCCCGGGCCCCGCCGGGGCUGCGGCUGCUGCUGACACACGCUGUGCUGCUCUGCACCCCCGGGAGCGCGGCCACCGACGGCUCCGUGAAUCCCUGCUGCUACUUCCCCUGCCAGCACCAAGGGGUGUGUGUGAGGGUCGGCCUGGGAGGAUACGAGUGUGACUGCACCCGGACAGGAUACUCUGGGGACAACUGCACCUCCCCUGAGCUCUGGACGCGUCUCCGCAACCUGCUGAAGCCCAGUCCUGCCUUCUACCACUUCAUCCUGACCCACUUCAAGUGGUUGUGGGACAUCAUCAAUAGCACCUGCAUCAGGGACACGCUCAUGAGGCUCGUGCUCACAGUUCGCUCCAAUCUCAUCCCCAGUCCUCCCACCUUUAACUCCGACUACGGCUACAUCAGCUGGGAAGCCUAUGCCAAUGUCAGCUACUACACCCGCAUCCUCCCACCAGUGCCGGAUGACUGCCCAAAGCCCAUGGGGACCAAAGGGAAGAAGCAGCUCCCUGACCCCCAGCUCCUGGCAGAGAGGUUCCUGCUGCGGAGGAGGUUCGAAGCUGAUCCCCAGGGCACCAACCUGAUGUUUGCCUUCUUCGCCCAGCAUUUCACUCACCAGUUCUUCAAGACAUCCGGGAAGAUGGGACGUGGUUUCACCAAGGCACUGGGGCAUGGGGUGGACCUUGGGCACUUGUAUGGGGACAACCUGCAGCGGCAGCACCAGCUGCGUCUCUUCAGGGAUGGGAAGCUGAAAUUCCAGGUGGUGGAUGGAGAGGUGUACCCCCCGACGGUCACCGAUGCCCCGGUUCACAUGGUCUACCCACCUGGCAUCCCCAAGGAGAAGCAGCUGGCGAUAGGGCAGGAGGUGUUCGGGCUGCUGCCGGGGCUCUGCAUGUAUGCCACACUCUGGCUGCGAGAGCACAACCGUGUCUGUGAUGUCCUGAAACGGGAGCAUCCCACCUGGAGUGAUGAGCAGCUCUUCCAGACAGCUCGGCUCAUCCUCAUCGGGGAGACCAUUAAGAUCGUCAUUGAAGACUACGUCCAGCACCUCAGCGGGUACUACCUGAGCCUCAAGUUUGACCCCGAGCUGCUGUUCGGGACACAAUUCCAGUACCGGAAUCGCAUCGCAGUGGAGUUCAACCAGCUCUAUCACUGGCAUGGGCUGAUGCCUGACUCCUUCAUCAUCCAGGGGGAAGAGUACAGCUACGAGCAGUUCCUCUACAACACCUCCAUGCUCAUGGAUUAUGGUGUGGAGGCACUGGUGGAGUCCUUUUCCAAGCAGAUUGCGGGAAGGAUCGGUGGGGGACAAACCAUCCACGCCAAUGUCUUGAAAGUGGCCAUUGGGGUCAUCAAGGAAUCCCGGCAGCUCAGGCUCCAGCCAUUUAAUGAGUAUCGGAAGAGGUUUGGUAUGAAGCCCUACAAGUCCUUUCAGGAGCUCACAGGAGAGGAAGAGAAAGCAGCAGAACUGCAAGAGCUAUAUGGAGACAUUGACGCUCUGGAGUUCUAUCCGGGCUUGCUGCUUGAGAAACCCCAACCCAAUGGAAUCUUUGGGGAAAGCAUGGUGGAGAUUGGAGCUCCAUUUUCCCUGAAGGGGCUUCUUGGAAAUCCCAUCUGCUCCCCAGAAUACUGGAAACCCAGUACCUUCGGUGGAGCAACUGGCUUUGAGAUAGUGAAGACAGCAUCACUCAAGAAGCUUGUGUGCCUCAACGUGAAGAAGUGCCCGUAUGUGUCGUUCCGUGUGCCGGAUGCUGUGGAAAGUGGCAGCCCUCAGGAUGGUGGACAUUCAACUGAGCUCUAGCACCAGCAAAGCCUGCCCAGGUACCAGCAAAGCUGCGCUCCAGGCCUGGCACUGAGUAUCCCAUUCCUUCCUGCAGGUAGUGGGGAUGCCCACCACUGUGUUGAGGAGAAGCAGGACAGAAGGUGGUUCCAUCCCGGGCAUCCUCCACACCAGGCUUCUAGGAGAGGCUUGUACCAGCCCUGUGAAAACCCCAAGUGCCUCAGGGGCUGUCCUGGGUUCAGCUGUAACAGUUAUUUUUCUCCUUAGUAGCUGGUGCAGGGCUGUGUUUUGGUUUUACCCUGAGAACAACGCUGACAACACCGA